UUUUGGUUUCAUUCUGUCAUUGUGUGCACUUCUUCUACUAUUCGAAUAAAUAUACCUCUGGGAAAAUUAAACUCCUGAAUUAAAUAUGGCUCAAAGCAGAAUUUCUUUUGAGGGUAAGCAACCACCGACUUGUCUCUGUACAAUACAUUGAUGAGGAAUGAUGCUAACAACAUAUAGAUUACCUCGAUCUCACAGCAUUGGUCUUCGAUUGGGGUGACAGCUACGAUGCAAAGGUACAUACAUAAUCUUCCCCAACACAUUUUCAAUCCCCUAACAAACGACAGGAUUGGGAACGACUCGAAUCCAUUAUCGCGCCCAACCUCCUCGUCGACUACACCACCAUUGGCAAAUCCCGCUGGGACUCCAUGCCAGCCUCGGAAUUCAUGGCCAUGGUAACCGAUGAUGAUUUCCUCGGCGACCCCUGCGUCAAAACUCAACAUCUUCUCGGCGCCACCCGCUGGGAAAAAAUCUCCGAUGAUUAUGUAAUUGGUCAUCAUCAAUUGAGAGCUGGUCAUCAAGUCUACAAAGAUAAGGAUUUGAAGGAGAUUAAAUUGAAGGGACACAGUCAUGCGACUAAUGAACAUUAUUACAAGAAGAUUAAUGGGGUGUGGAAGUUUGCGGGUUUGAAACCACUGGUGAGGUGGAAUGAGGGGGAUGGGGAAAAUGAUUUCUUGAGGGUUUUUAAGGGGAGUUAUAAACAGUAGGGAGAUGGGUGUUUAAGGGUGAUGAGUAGUUGAUUGCUUGAAGGGGUUGAGGUGUUUCAUUGGACAGGGGAAUACUAUGAGGAUGAAGUAUUUCUUUGAUUUUCCAAUCGAUUAUUAGUCCUAUCAUAUGAAUGUCCGGUCCUGUGUGGGAAGUGCCUUCCUCUAAACAUGAACAUUUUCCCCCCAUAUGCCGUCGCCAUACCCUUUCAAUCAUUAGCUGCAAUUUUCUCCCAUUCAUUUUUGUUG